AAGAUGGAAAGAGGACGCUCAGGAGGUGUCAAAAGAUGCCUGCAUCUGAAUUAUACAACGAUUCUGUUCCCUAGAUAUCAGAAAACAGUUUCACUCGAGUUUUGAAUUGGUUGGUCAAUUGCACAUGUCAAGUACAAGUCAAAGAGCAAGUGAGCCAGGUGGGACUGGGACCAGUAAGAGACCUACAGCGGGUCUUUUGCUAGGCCGUCAAGGUUCUCACAAAGUGCAAAAUAAUAUUGUCGACGUGCUCGCCUUUCUGAUCCACAACAUGCCGACCCAUCAAUUCUCAAGCGCAGAGCCGCCAUUCGCCCAAAGCUUCUUCAAGCAACCGCCCGCCUUUCAUCCCGCCAUCACUGUCGUCGUAGUUGUAGAUGCCCUCUCCGGCGCACACUCAGUAGUCGUCCCCUAGGUGCCCACAACUUACCAUCCGCUGCCCGCUGCCGACUCGUCGCUUAUUGGGCCGUUGCCCCGAACCCACCCUCUUCUUCGCCCUCGCCCUCACCCACCCACCCCCCGUCCCCCGUCCGCAAUUCUUGGGCGCUCAGAAGCGCGCCGAAUCAUGGACGGCUCCUUCGGGCAACCUCAACGCUUUCCCGGAUACGGCGAUGGCUUCCACCGGCACUCGCAGAGCAGCGGCGACCAACAACUGAGCAAUCUCGAUUUCUCUGCCAUGGCCCAGAGCCAGCUUUCACACCAGACCAUGGCGCAUAUGGGCACCGAUCCAUCGCGGAUGAACACGGGAAGCGUGGCCUACGAGUCGCACGACGAUCUCUGCGUAGACGCCUGCAUGGGCGUCGGCCUCUACAAUGGCUUCCAACAGUUCAACCAUCGCGGGGCUCCAGCUUCUCUGGCGCCGCAGACGCGAUGGCAAAACAACCAAUAUCAAAUGGACCUCAGCACCAUGCCCCUCCAGCAGCACCAGUUCCAUACCGAUCUUGACCUGUCGAACCCGUACCAGCAGUGUUUUGACCACCACAUGUCUUCCACCAUGGCCUCGCACUGCGAGGAGGAGGAUUGCCAAUCAAUGAGCGCCAGCGGGUGCUGUGACAGCGAGUGUACCAUGACGGGCAAGUGCACCGGGGAAGAAUGUGAAACCGAAGAGGACGCUUGUACAGACCAGAACUGCCCCUCGCGGCCUGUUGUUCAUGUACCGGAGGAGGUUCGUGAUGGGGCUGCUGCCCUCAUCUCGAUCAACCACGCGCCUGGUCUGUCCUCGCCGCAGCACAGUUUUGAUUUCCAACAACAAUCAAUGAAUAACCUAGGCUGCGGUCUGGCCCAGCCCUCUCAAAACACCUUUUUACUAUCGCCUCCCUGGAACGCGGUGGGCAGCGUUGCAAACCAUUUGCUAAUUGCUCACGACGAUUCAAACUUGCAGCCUUGCACCACACCAUGUCCACUGGGGGAUCCUUCCAUCUAUACCCAAUGUCACAUGCCCGUCUUCAACAAUACCGAUGCUUUCAGCCAGUUCAACCUCCAGCGGAUGAACCAGUUGAACCAAAUAAACCAAAGGAAUCAGCUCAACCAGAUGUUACAAGAGUGUGGAGCUCAGUACCACGACCCGGAGGCUUAUGCGGCCCAUUUCUUCUCUCAUCACAAAGUCCAAUUCGCGAACAUGCCGCCGCCGCCAAGUACAAGGCCUGGUCAAAUGAGGGGCUUUCAGAACCAUAACAUCAUUUCAUCGAGGGAAACAAUGUCACCCCCAGAACCAACCCUGGACACCUCUGACACCACAGCCUCACUCGGGACUCCCUCACCAUUGACCCCUACGUCGAAUAACGUUGAAAUGACCGACGUCAAGCACAGUCGAAGCCUCUCGAUAGUCACGUCAACAGACGACGACGACAAUGUCAAGAUGGAAACAGAAGAACACCGCUGUCUCUGGCGGGAAGAAGGCGCUUCUGAAAUCUGCGGGUUUAUUUUCGACGACGCCGAGGCGUUGUUCAGACACGCAUCCAACUGCCACAUCAAACAUGCGCAAAAGCGUCCAGGGGAUCAGGGGUUCAGAUGUGGGUGGGAUGACUGCCCGCGUAGUGCUCCGGGUGCGAGUGGUUUUCCGCAGAGGAGUAAAAUCGAAAGACAUAUGCAGACACAUAUAGGGCACAAACCACACAUCUGCCCCGUCUGCCAAAAGGGCUUCUCGGCAAAACAAGCCCUGACUCAACACCUGUUUAUCCACAGCAACGAAAAGCCUCUUUCUUGCAACCUAUGCAGCAAAACGUUUCGUUACCCUUCUGCUCUCACAAUGCACCAAAGAGUCCACAGCGGCGCUAAGCCCCUCACCUGCCCUGUUUGUGGUAAAGGGUUCAGCGAGUCGAGCAACCUGUCGAAACACAAGCGGACGCACGAAGUGAAAGGGAGGUUUAACUGCUUGGUGGAGGGGUGUGACAGGAACUUUCACAGGCAGGACCAGCUGAGGAGGCAUAUGAAGACGCAUAAUCUAGGGAGGGGGGACAGUGGGGGGGAGGAGGGGGGGGAUAUGAGGUCUAGUGAGGCUCCUGAGAUGGAGGGGAGUCGGGGGGAGGAGACGUGA